GCAGCCUUGGCCUGGUGUUGAGGCUCGUUGGCAGGCUAAUGGAGCGGCAAAUGGACUUCCUGCAGCCUAGUGUUCAGUGUGUGUCUGGUGUUCUCUGCGUGAGUUUGUGACACUGAGGAUCUGUUCAGGAACCUGUCAGCCCUGUGUAUCUAUCUGCCUCAAGCAGCUGUGCCAGUAGUCCUCAUGUUGACCAUGGCCUCAUCUAGGCCUCCAGCAGCAGCACACCUCUGUAUCUUUUCAUGUAGCUUCCUGCCUGGUAUGCACGCAACAUGAGUAGAAGUGUUACUGUACAUCUCUCAGUGCUGAAUGGGGUACCUGGACUGGAGGUACUGGGUGGCGCACAGGAAGGCAAACUCCAAUACACGUACACUAGGGUGGUAGCUGUGAUCUGAUGUUCUACACGGCUCGCAGAGCAAACAAGAAUGCUUUCCUGGGUCUUUGGCAGCGUACAGAUCUGAGGCAAUAGACAGUGAACACUACAGGAGUGUGACGUAUUGGAUUAGUAGCAGGCUCUAUGGCCUGGCCGCUGGGACGUGGUAGCUGACAUGCAGAUUGCCAGGGGCUCGAUGUUGACGCAGAACACCAAUCCAGCUGUCCAUCGUCUUCCGCUACGCCAUGGCACUUGCCUGGGCCAUGCCUGGUCAUGAACGACCUGUGAUGUUUGGCCACCCCUGGCCUGCACCAGCGAACCCAUGCUUUGCUGAAAGGUGUCAGCAGUCACACGGCCAGGCACAUUCAACUUCUACAUGGCAGCAAUUCACACAGGGCUGCUGGGCUACUGCUGCCAGGGGAAGUGAGCUAACCUGGACUGCAGACACUGUCGGCAAGCCCUGUCCCUUUGGCGGACAGGCACACACUGACAGGCUGCAACGCAGCACUCUAACAUCAGUAGCUCCUGCACUGUGGGGACAGCUCUCAUUCUGAGGGUGGGAGGCCAGCAGAAGGCUGUGCUGGGAUUUCUUCUGUCUUAUCAACAGCUUGUUGGUGUGGUUCUAGGAGGAGGCAACCACCUGCUCUUGUACUGUUUAUUGUAGCAUUUCUAACCAGGCUGGUCUUCACAGCACCGUAGACAACUCCUGACAUUACCAAAGUGCAUUUCUGAAGUGCCACUCAGGGCUGCCCAUCAGCAGUGGUAGUGCUUCCGACAGGGCUGGCCAGAUCGAGUAGAUUUCAUGUUGGGGCCGAGCUGUUUAUGGUACGCUGGGCAAGUUUGCAUUCCAUUGGAGAUUGGACUGUGCAGGUGGCUGCCCAUCACUGUGCCGAUAGUCUGUAGCUGAGGGCAGCAGCAACUCAUCUCCUUUUGCAACUUGAAGGGACCUUGUCAGUUGACAUGGGAGCGGAGAGUUGUGCACCAAUGACAAUUCCGAGCCAUGGGGGUCACGUGCCGGUCAUGGCACGUUCUCCGCAGACGCACCACCAGCAUCACUCGGGUAACCGUCGCCGGGUGACCUCCCUGCCGCUGCGCUCCCUGAACUCACCACCGUCCACGGAACCUCCGCCACUCUCACCGCCGUACGCGAAAGGAGUGGACGGCGCCAGCAUGCCACCAGGUGGCGACAUGUACCAGCCGUACCACGCCAGUCACCACGGCACCAACAACGGCUAUAACGACGAUGCACUGCUGCAGAAGAUCCAGCAGUCGUCACGGCGACGUAGGCAGCCGUACGCGCCGUCCUUUGCAAGCCGGACACCUGCAACCGAAGGUGGUAACAGCAGUGUGGCAUCAUCGCGCACGUCCAGCAUGUCUGAUCUGAGUACAAGCUACCCGACAGAGAACAUCUACCAGUCGGCUCCGCGUCACUUCCCCGCACAUCCAGCCAGUGGCUUUCCGACACACUCGCACUCGCAGCCAUCCAGCGGCCACCACACGCCAUCGAAACCGCUCCAAAACGGCCUCCUACCGUCACCACUUCAACCUACGUACGGUGGGCAGAGCCCUCUCAAUGGCCUGUCGCCCAACCGGCCCCGCAGUGAGCGCAGUCAACAACAAGGACACAUAGCGCCGGCCAACAUACACACCGUUCAUCCGGCCGCCACGGUGCAGAGCGAGAACCUGUACGCCACCACCACCGCUCUGCUCCACUCCACCAACGCGGGCAGUCGGAGCGGAGUGAUCCUCAGUGAGAGCGGCAGCAACUCCAACUCGCCGUCGUCCGGUCACCGGGAGCAGCGACAUGCGAAUCACGACCAUCAACUGCACCGCCACUCCAGCUCUGACAGCAUGAAUGCACGCCAGCUCAGUCGAGGAACCAGCAACGACAGUAUCGGCUCGCUGGAGCGUCUCCCGGAAGACUGCUUUGUACCGACGACGACGUCGGUCACGGCCAUCAAUGGAACACCAGGCGAAUCGACAACUCUACCAAUGACACACACAAUCAGCAGUGGCAGUAUUGAUUCCUCCGGCAGCAGUGGUAUUGGACACAGCACGAGCCCGUCGCUCGAGCGCAGUGUCCGACUCGGCAGCAGCAACAACAUGGCGCCGAUCAGCGAGUCACGAGCCAUCUCGCGUUCAUCGUCCGGUUCGUCGCUAUCCGCAUCGUCCUGUACCUCGCUGGACGCCGGCGGUAAUGGACCGAAGCGUGUCGUGUUUGGUCCGAGCAGCGACCGUAAGAAGAUCAAGCUGAACAAGGAGCCUCCGAGCAUACAAGAAGCCAAGCAGGCAGCUUUGAAAUCACUGACGGUCGGUCAGGCUAUGGAGGCCGCCACCAGCGGAAACCUGGCUCAUCUGCAUCGACUUCAAGCGACUGCACUGCAGGCCAAUGAACAGCUGUCCAUGCUGCGCGAUGCCAAUGGUGUAUCUCCUCUACACAAAGCAGCUGAGUGCGGUCACAUUGACAUAGUCAACUUCUUGCUGAAGGACUGUGGCCUGUCAGAGGAGGGUCGGCGCAAAGCCACCGCCAUGGCCGACAAGGAUUACCUGACGCCGUGCAUGCUGGCGGUCCAGAACGGCCACUUGGACUGCGUCAAGGUCCUGGUGGAGGCCAGCCAGGGGGACUUUGAAACCGACGAUCACGGCUCGACGCUGCUGCACUUGGCAGCUGCCUUUGACCAGGCUGACUGCUUGGAGUACAUUGUGGAUGCCAUGAAGCGGCGAGAUGUUGAUCCACAUGUUGCUACCGACACUGGCGUGACACCUGCACACGUGGCGGCCCAGAAAGGCAGCAUCAACUGCCUGCGCAUCCUCUUUGAUGCAGGGACGCAAAUGCAGGCUGAUGACGAGGACCUGACACCCAUCGAUUGGGCGCACAAGGCUGGCCACGGCCUAUGUGAACACUACCUGACCGUCAUUCAAACAUGCUGGGCACUGCACGUCAGCCUGGAGGAAGCCGAAACCAAACUGACCAAGAGCAACAAGCAGAACCGGUCGCUUGAGACGCAGCUCACUGACGCACGAAAACAGCAGGCCGCAGUGGAAGACGAGAUACAAAAAGUGAAGGAAGAGUGUGACCGACGCCUGAAAGAGACAAAGGAGGAUUUUGCGCAACUGAUGACCAGGAUGAUGGAGCAGGUCGGAGGCGGCAAAAGUGCUCUGAGGGAAAAGAUGGAGAUGAUGAAUGCCAGCACUUUGUUCCCGACAACAUCGCCCACGUCGACAGUGAAAAAGUCCAAAUCAGCCAGCCCUCCCGUUCCUCCAAGAACAGUCACGCUUCCAAACUCAAAUGGCUCUUCUCCGGCAUCGUCAAAGAGUAAUGGCAGUUGGAGGAACCGGUCAGAUUUGGCCGAGGGCGUUCGAAAACGCCUCGAGAUGAGCCAGUCUCUGGACAGUGCAGAGAUCGAUGAGGUGAUGUCAGUUGUGGAGCGCGAACAGCAGCUCGACUCCUUGAACAUGAGCAAUAUCGGCAUAAGUGAUGUGGAAGAUGAGGAUGAGAAUUGCCUCCAGUGAUAUCCAGCAACCGUGCAGCUAGUGCCUUGACAACUCGCCGCUAAGCAUGCCACUGUACAGCCAGUUGCCUUGACAACUCGCCGCUGAGCAUACCACUGUACAGCUGCAUACAUGUGCUGGAUUCAAGUGCAAACAUGCCUCCUAGGUUGUCAGUACGAACUACAGGCUUAGUUGCCUUGACAACUUGCUGCUAAGUGUACCACUUGACAUGCACUUCAAGUGGAAACGUGCUUUCUAGGCCCUUAGCCCAGACUACAGACUUUGAAAUUCGUUGUGUUCUUGGUUUGGCUGUAUCCGCCCCAGCAUCCAGAUGGUGCCAUCAUUAUAGAGUUGAUAAAUCUGAACUAGGUCUUUUUCUCUUUUGCACACACUUUGUAUUACAGCGCCGUGCUGUGUUGCUGUUGUAAAUGUCACCGAUGCCUAUCAAGAAACAGUGCGUCGGCGCACCUUUGCUAUAUCUCCAACAUACCCAGACUUGAACAGAGAGAUAAGAAGAUAGGUGUUGAUCCGACCUUCCCACAUUACCAUCAUAAUGCCCUAUCUAUAUAAUCUUAUUUGUUCCGCUUUUUUGCCAGAUCCAGAUUUUAUUGAGAUAUAUCACCAUGAGUACGAUUUUCAUUAUAAAUAGUUUAGAUACUGCAUGGAAGAGUGAAUCAAGUCACAAUUAA